GUAAUCAUAUGAGAGAAACAUCUGUAAAUUAUUUGCCAAAAGGUGUUCAAACUGCUAAUAUGAUGGUCAAUGCAGUUAAUAAUGGUCAUGAAAAUACCGUGGUCAAAAAAGUUAAAUAUGGCGAGUAAUAAGAAUGCUAUGCGUUCUGGUGUUGGAGUUUUUUAUAUGUUGGACACCUGUAUGUACUCAAUGGUGAGCCCAUCAAUUAUAUCAUACAUUCAUUUACUGUCAUACCUGAGCUCGUGUACAAAUCCCAUCACCUAUUGUUUGAUGCAUAAAAAAUUUCGUGAGGCAUUGAUGAUGCUGUGCCGAAACGGCGGUUCCCCAAACCGAUAUGCGAUCAGCGAUUUGGAUCAGUCGAGUAGUACUAACCAGUCGUAUAGCGCCGGAACCAACAGCACAGGCGCUUUUGUAACAUUACGACUGGCUUUGGCUAUUGUCUAUUUAGAAUUAGAAGUGCAGUUUCUAUUUAAUCAAGAUCUGUUGCAUACCGAUAGAUAG